AUGCUGGUUGUACUGGCCUUAGCCACUGUAGCGUGCGGCGCCGCCGCUACGGCAACGCCUGCGCCCGCGCCGGACCCGAUCGAAGCGCCCGCGGCGAUGGCCGACUCGACCGAAGCGCCCGCGGCAAUGGCCGAACCGACCGCAGUGCCGGAGGCGAUUGCAAAGCCGGCCGAAGAAAUGAUGGCCAAGCCCGAAGUCGGGGAGAUGGCUUUUGCCGAUUACUGGAAUCCCCCAACGGACUUCUACGGCCCAGUCGUUUACGGCGGUACACUCCGCGUAAAUUACGAAGACCCCCUUGAACACGCAAACGAUUGGGGUGCAGCUACCGGCGCUUCUUCCAGAUACCGCGGUUCCACCGGUGCGGUGUUGGUGAUGGAGAACCCCUACGAUGCCGGCGCGCCGGUGAUUCCCGAUCUUGCCCAGAACUGGGAUGUCCACGAAGGGCUGGACGGCGUAACCUUCCACUUCCGGGAGGGUACAGCCUGGCACAAUGGGGAGCCAUUCGUUUGCGAAGACGCCCGGUUCUCUUUUGAGACAAUGAUCACCGGAAACGGCCUUACCGCCAGUUAUAUGAAGAGCCGCCUGGCCCACGUGGUACUGGAGGAAAUGGCCUGCAUUGACGAUAUGACCCUGAAGAUGAACUUCAACGGCCCCACCGGAAUCCCCUUGCUCAAUAUAUCUAAUCGCCGGGGCAUCGUCUUCAACAAAGCCUGGUUCCAGGCCGGCGGCGAAGAUGCGAUGUUCCAGGAUGUGACCAUGGGCAUCGGUCCUUAUAAGUGGGCCGAAGGGCAGUCGGUGGGUGUUGACGAACAGCACUUUGAAAAGAACCCCGACUACUUCAUCCCGGAACUGCCUUACGUGGACGAGUUGGUUAUCUUCGGCAUCCUGGACGAGUCCGCGCAACAGGCCACCCAGUUGGCGCACCAGACCGACUGGCACUGGGUGCGCAACUGGGGCCAGUACCAAGCCUACGUGGACCACGACCAGAUUAUCACCGUCAUUCGGGCCACGCGGGGUAACUUCCGCCUGUGGAUUAAUGCCCGCAAUGAGCCCUUUGACAACGUAAAGGUCCGCCAGGCCAUCAUAAUGAGUAUUGACCGUGACGCGGGCAUCCGGAUUCUCCAAGACGGCCACGGCGCCUCCGGAGGGUUCGGUUACGCCCCGGGCAGCCCCUGGGAACUACCCCAGGAGCAGCUCUGCUCGGUGCCCGGCUGGUGUAUAUCCGAGGACAUGGAGGCAACUCGGGCCGAAGCCAAGGCUAUCCUGGAUGCGGAAGGCUUUGACUUUGAAAGGAGGUACGUGUUCACCGUAGAGUCCGACGCGCAGGUAACGGCUCGCGCUACCUUCCUGCAGGAACAGUUUCGGCUACUUGGCAUAGAGACCGAUUUCGACUCGGUGGAGACCAUUGCCUAUCGGGAGCAGGAGCAAUCCGGAACGUGGGGCGACUUCAAACCUGGCAACAGUACCGUUGUUGCCGAUGACCCGAACGCCGGUGUUGCUGCCUUCCUGCGCUGUGACUCCACAGGCAACCACUGGACCCCCAACGGGCCAUGCGACGACAGUAUUGUGGCCGUGCUGGACCAGGCUCAGGUCGCGUUGGACGUCGACAAGCGGCAGGUUUUGGCUCACCAGAUUGAACUGGCUGCGAUGAAGCAGUACAGUUCCUUCCCGGUUUACUGGGAGCAGGAAGCGGCAGCCUUCUGGCCUGAGGUAAGGGGCUAUGCCCACUUCCCGGCGCCUUUUGGCUCCUAUCGCAAGUUCAUGCACAUGUGGAUCGACCCGGACCGCAUGAACGACACUGGCAACGCCGGUCAGACCACGGGCGUGCCUGGGGGGAGUUAG